UUGUCCAAUCCAAUCACAACAGUGAUAUUUAGGCUGUGUCUACACUAGAGAACUUACAGUGGCACAGCUGUACCGAUGCAGCUGCGCCACUGUAAGAUCUCUCAGGUAGCCAUUCUAUGCUGAUGGGAGAGAGCUCUCCAGUCAUCAUGAUUAAACCACCCCCAGUGAGCAGCAGUAGCUAUGUUGGUGAGAGAAGCUAUCCUCAGCAAGAGAGCUAAGUGACUGAUGACCCUUCUGCCAUGGCACUGGAUUCCUAAGGAUACCAGGCUUAUUAUCUGGUAAUUAUACUGAAGGACACCCCAGGGAACAGUUACGAAAACUUAUAAAAUGUGGCAGCUUCCACUACAUCAUCAAUAUACACAUCCGGUAAGUCUGACUGCUUGCUUGAAAAACCCUCAGUGCUUGACUUGAACCUGAGACUCCUUUUGCAUUUCAGGACUCAGCUGUGGGUAGACUUCUUCUCAGUGAUGUGACUAUUCUCAAAGGCUGCUGGUUGAUCGCUGAGCUUUGCACAAGGAGCAAUGGACAAGGAGGAAGUAGGAAGUCCAUUUACGGAGAUGUAACUUGGUGAUACUUGAAGGCGUCAAACAGGAGCUGAAAAAUAAACUGGUACAAGGACUGAAGAUGAUGAAGGUUUUGGGCCUUGUUCUCUGUGGCCUGCUGAUGCCAAUGCAAGUUUCAGGCACAGGACGCUGCAUUGUCCCUCGAGAGUCAUAUGAAAAGGCUUGUGAAGAGUCAGUAACUGGCCUCUUCCGGUCUGAAAUGGAGAGACUCAAAUUCCCAGGAUUAACAAUUACCUUAUUCGCUAUCAAUGGGUUGCAUGUUGCUAAAGCCAUCGUGCUCCCAGUGAAAUCCGAGUAUGUUCCUGGAGUUGGGGUCAAGGUGGGAUUUUCUGCUAAACUCAAAAUCCUUGGCACUUGCUGGUCUGUCCUCUUAUCUGGCCUGACCACCAUCAACAUGCGUGUAGACUGUAGUGCUCUCGUUCUGCUGCCUAAGUAUUUGCCGCUUACCACCAGUGUUGUCGUCAGGGAUUGCCAGUGUGCUGUGGUUCUCAAGGACAUCAGUAUCAACUUGCUUGAUAUCCGUGCGAGCGUGACAGCCAGCCUAGGGAACAACAUCGUAUUGGCGUUACAAGUCAAGACACCUACAAUACUUUCAGCUUGUAUUUCCUUCGGGCAUUCAAAGAUGCUGGGUGAUAUUAACUGUGUACUCCCAUUUGAGAAGGGAAAGCUCUUGUAUGUGGCUCAAACUCCAAAAGUGAAUAACCGGUUCAUUGAAAUUCCUGUACAGACGGAAUAUCUGGCCAACAAUGGGAAGAAGAUCCCCAUUCCACCCCUUCCGGAGGCCUUUGUGAUAUUGCCAGAAAUGAAUUAUACAUCUGAGGCCAUAGGAGAGAAUGUCAUCACUUCUGUCCUCUCCUACACAGUCUUCCAGAAACCUCAUUCCUUCUCUUGUACCCCUCAAACGUUUCUUGACACUCUCUCCCUGGAGCUGAUCCUCUCUGAACUGAUUGUUUCCAAGUGCCCAAACUGCACUCCAAUCUUUUCUUCACUGCUCAUCACUACCAAACUAGUCAAACCUCUGACGGUCAGUCUGGAUGUGAACCUGUGUGCCAUGAAUCUCACUCUCAGCCUGGAGAUAAUGGAUAAAAAGGGAACCAAGAAACCUGUGCUCCUCAUUGCUUUGAAAGCAGAACUCGGCUUGGCUGCCACUCUUCAGCUGGUUGAAGGGAAGGUUCAAUUCACUGCAUCCCUGGACAGAUUGCAUUUCAAGCUUCUUUCCUCAGCCGUGGGCCCCGUCAAGAUUGUACGUCUUCAUGUGCCCCUGAGAGCUUUCAUCCAGAAAAUUAUACUAAAGGAGAUCAACUUUUAUCUCCACUUAGGAAAAAUCCCAAUAUUUAGAGCACCAGGAUUGAAGCCCAGCAUUGCCCAUUGCCACCCUUCUAAGGUAAGACUUCUGAGAGGUGUGAAAUCUGUUCCUUCGGCACCAUGUCACUGCCCCUUGAUACUCUGCAGCAUCUGCAAUGGGGAGGUUUCUUUAAAAAAAAAAAUUAGGUUACAAAAAAUGUACACUUGAAGAUUUGCAGCUCUCAUAUCUUUUAGGAAGCCAUCUCCUGCCCCUAAGCAAUAGCUAACCCUGGGCAUUUUUGCAAUUCCCAAAUGAUUCCACAUGCCAGUCUAGCUCUUAUUGUCCAUAGAGAUAUACUACAACAUUGUAACAGCCAUAUUUUAAAGGGAUCUCCACCCAGCCAGCUUUGCAUGUACAGUGCAUUUUACCUGCUGGUUUCAGCGUGAAAAUGCAAGCAAGAGACUUUUCAACCAUCUGCUUUGUAUGUGAAAUCUACCACUUGCUUGUGGCUCUGACAGAGAACAGAAAAUUGCAUGCCUGGAAACCACAUCUUGGAAAUGCUGAUUUCCUGACUGGCCAUAACACCCAUGAACAUGCAGGGUAAUCUCUUAGAAGGCAUGUUAGCUGGUUGUGUCAUAAUGUAGUCUUACACACAGGCUACUAAAUGAGCACCUAAUGUGACUUCAAAGGUGCUAGCUUGCAUUGAUAUGGGUAUUAAGAGGACUCUUCAAUUGUAUUAAGCUAACACAAGUGAAAAAAUCAAUCCCUUUGCCUGAGUAGACAUGGCUUGGUGACUGCUGCAUUUCCUUUAAAAGCUGCAGUAUUAACUACAAAUUCAGUUUUGUAAAGUGCUUUGGAAUUCCAGGACUGUGAAGGGUGCAUACUUGGUAAAAAUAAAAUUUUAUUCUCCUUCUUAAAAGUCUUAAUAAAAAUCACUGAAUUCUAAACUCUCUCAAAUUGCUUUGUUUCCAAUAGUCACAUCUGACUCUAAUCAGAUUAAAUGUUUCCAACUAUCUCACCACAUUGCUCUGAUACUAAAUCCAUUACUGUGCAACCCACUUCAUUGAACAGCUGGGAAUGAAUUUACUGGGUGAAAGAAUCCAUCCUUUGGAAAUGAGCUGAGAAUUUCUCCUUUGUUGUUCUAGCACUGUCUUGUUUGCCAUAACAAACUCCAUAAAGGGUGAUGUACCAGGCGAGUGUGGUGCUGACUCACCUCUGACACUGAGGAGAGAGGAAGAAACAGUGGCACAAAUGAGGAGGUUUAAUUCAUGGGGUUUUUUUUCCAAAAUUUUGAUUCAAGCUUUUUACUCUGGGGGAAAAAUUGCCACAUCUGCUAUGGAAUUUCAGUUGAAGAACUGCAGUAGAUCUGAUAGUCUCCUUGUUACUUUUCAAUACUAUUGGAUUUGCUAUUUUUCAAAUCAAAUCUGUCUUGAGCGAUGAGUUUCAGGGAGGGUUUGGGACAUUGUGGUUAUUGUUAUAUUACUUUCCUUUGGUUACUGUGUUAAUA